AUGCCCAUUUCCCCCCUCCUUCAUCCUUCAAGGCUAGACCCUUCUUUACAGUUUGAACAAAUCUUUCUGGUUGACCGUUGGAAGAAGGGUGGAGUGGAAAGCUUGUUUUGUAAGAACGGCAGUGUGGAUGGCUCACAAUAUACGGUGCGGAGAGGGGCUGAAGAGGCGACUGAUGUGGGGAGGCUAGUGGCAGUGAACGGUCGACCCACCCUCAAUUACUGGCGUGGUGACUGCAACAUCCUCAAUGGCACGGACGGCUCCAUCUUCCCACCCUUCCGUCGUCCAGACAAUCGCAGUCUAGUCGCCUACUCAGGGGAAGUCUGCAGAGUGGUUCAUGGAGUGUACGAGGGUGAGCAUGACGUCAACAGAGUAUCAGGGUACGCAUACACAGUGACAUUGGGGGACACGGAGAAUGAGCCACAAGAUAAGUGCUACUGCGCCGCUGUGGACCGUUGCUACAAGAAAGGCACCUUGGAUGCGUACAGAUGUCAGGGGGCGCCGUUGGUGGCGUCGCUACCACACUUCUACGGUGGAAGUCAGGACUACAUCACCGGCGUCAGUGGGAUACAGCCCAACAAGGAGAAACACGAGAUUCUCGUUGUCCUGGAACCUACAACUGGGAUACCUUUGAGUGUCAAGAAGAGGAUUCAAAUGAAUAUUGACCUGAAGCCAAUACGCUACACACCCAGAACUCAAAACUUUCACCGGACCCUAGUGCCACUCUUCUGGGCUGAGGAGUUGUUUGAACUGAAUGGUGAACUUCUUGAACUUCUCGAAGCCUCUCUUCUUCGCCCUGUGAAAGUUGUACACUUCGGUCGAUGGAUAUUAGUAAUAUUUGGAGUAGUUUUACUUUUAUUCUCUAUAAUUAUCAAGACAAAACAAAUUCGGAGGAAUAGUAAGCUUGAUCCAAGCAAGAACUUUGAUUACGGUCCGGAGUUCAAAGAGAAGCUGCAAUCUUUAGACUCAGAGGAGACAGUAACAAGUGGUCCGUUCUUCAUCAGUCAACCUCCAGCUAUAGGCCUACCUCAACCUCGGUGGGGCAAGACCAAAAACACGGCCGAAACCCUCGUGAGUGGUGGGCUGGUAAGAACUACAGCAGUUGGAGGAGUAAAAACUGUGAAAUACAAAAGAAUAUCUGGACUUCAAGAAAUUCUUGUGAAAGAACAAGAAAGAAAUCAGUAA